AUGUCGCUCAACAAGCGCACUGGUCUCUACGUGAUGCCCAGCCAUCAUGUAUAUGGUGCAAAUUUCACACCACGGCCCACGUUCAGCAGCAUGGAUUCUGUAGCUGGUGAAGCAGAGCUGCCCAGCGUCGAUGGCGGGUCAGUCCAGUCUGCGAAAGACAGUAGCACUGCUAGUAUCGCAAGAGAGAAGAAAGACAGGAAGAAAAAGAAGAAACAGUCCAUUACGGCGCAAGGCGUUCAACAGGUAGAUGUACGUACACCGGGAGCUUCUACUCCGCUCGUCAAGGUGACGCCAGCCACUGGCAGUUCCAAAGGCAAGAAAAAGGACGGAGCGCAGCCUGGCAAGAAGCGCAAGCGCAAGAGUGAGCAGGACGACAAGACGCUGUCAACGGCCCACACGUCGUUAGGCAGUGGUGGCUUUGUUGUCGGAGAGAACAUGCUGCAGGACGUGCAGACUUUCGUCAAGGCCGCUGGCAAUGCUUUUACCGAACGCCCUGCCCCAGCAGCAGCAGCGGAACAGCCUGCGAAGAAGAGGAAGGCAGAGGCUUCUCGCAAGAGCAGCGACAGCGUCGAUUUCGACCGCAUGGCGAAGGAAACUCAAUCGGUUGAUAAGAAGGCGAAAAAGAAGCUGAAAAAAGAGAAGCGUCGCAGCGCCCGUGGUACCCCAGCUCGUCCAUCCGUGGCAGCCCCAGCUUCUGUCUCUCUGCCUUUGGUUCUCUCUUUGCCGCCUAAGAACACGCCAGUGCCUCUUCCUGCAAACGCUCGCAAGGCAGAUAGGAUCGGUCACAGCGAGUCCCGUCUUGUCGUAGUAGAGACACCCCCCUCGCAGCUUCCAAAAACGCCGGUCAAACUCCCUGGCUCGCCCAUCCCGUUCAAGCUCCCAGAGGCGCUGAAGGCGACAGGACGCAGGAAGUCGGUGAAAGAGGUGGAGGUAUCGCCGCCAACGCCGGUCGUGGAGGAAGCACCGUCGUCUGCGCCUCGCACGCUGAGCGAGGACCAGAGGAUCGAAGUCAAGCCGGUUGGUCGCGUGUCACUGACGUCGUCCCACUUGAUGAGGUACACGCAGCCGCUGAACGACGAAGCCAGGCCCAAGCCCGUCUCGCGAGCAGCAUCCGUCGCAGCGUCCACUGCUGGCUCAACAACGUCCGGGGGAACGACUCCAAGCAUCCAAGAGCUCUUCGCCCGCGUCGGCAAGCCGUACUCUCGAUCCGGCGCCGAGAUCGACCCUUUCGUAGUGCCCGAGGUCAAGAAGAAGGCACACCGGGAGUCGCACGACGAAGCCGACGCAGAAGCGUUCACGCAGCGCUACCGCGCCGCGCAAAAGGCCGUCAACUUCUCCGACGAGCUCGAGUACCUCGAGCAAGCGAGCUCGUGGCGCACCGCAAACGCCGCCCUGGGCCCACCCGCGUGCCUGGGCAUCAAAGCCUCGGGCUGCAACACGAAGCGCGAGCAAGUCCUGCGCCUCCGCAGAGGAGACGCCUCGAACGCGCUCCACCCACCCGCCAGGAGCGACGCCGAGCAAGGCGCUCUCUCAGCAGCCAAGCAGCGCUCCGCAGCCGCUGAGUGCUUCCUCGCCCACGCCAUCUCGGCCCGGGUCCCUGUCGCGCUCGGGCGGCUGUCAGGGGUGUGGAAGCUCUUCUGCCCAGCGUACUCGGACAGGCACGUGGACAAGUACGGAUGCGGAGCGCGCACGCUGAGCAUCUUCUCCGUCGCGGGCCUGGGCAACACCGCGCAAGCCGCUUACACGGCGCGUCUCAGCAUCCCGCCGCGCUCCAUGCUGUACAGCAUCCUCUCCUUCGCUGCACCGCCGCACGCCAGCUUCCGGCCCACGACGCUCAGGACGGCGGCCGAGGGGUACGCCAUGGAUGUGGUGUUCCUGGGCAAUGGGUAUCUGAGGCUAAGGCUCGACUUGGGGUUGCUGCUCUGUGGGAAGCCGACGCUGACGAGGCUGGGGAAGGGGGUGCGGAUGGAGUUUCUGGGGGUUCAUGAGAGUGCGGUCGUGUGGCGCGAGGAGAGGGAUGAGCUCGAGGUGGUGGGGAGGAAGCUGUUUGCCAAGUACGACGGGGAAGUGUAG